GUAUCUCUCGAAAAUACAGCACAUAUCAGAAUUUAGGCAUUGACAUCAAAUGUGUAUUAGAUACUACUUUACAUUUCUACAUAGCACCUUCCAUCCAAGGAUCUCAAUGCAAUUGUGUACAUUUGCUUAUGUAUGUGAUGUUCAGAAUCGCCUUUCAGAAGACUUAAUAUUUGUUGGAUGUGUCGGUCAUGCUUGGAAUGAGCUGGUUUCUGUGAAAUGGCUUAGCAAGGGCUUAGAAGGGAGAUGGUUUCAUAACAUACUGAUGGAAGAUUUUUUAUUUCAGUGCCCACCCCGUGCCCUUCCCCCAGUUCCAAGUGGAAGCCAAGAUGAAAUUCCACUUAGUCGUCCAAAAAGAAAGAAGCCCAAAGGAAAAAAUGCACUAGAGGGUAUUGUUCACGCAGCUGUCCGUCGGCCAUCUGAAAGUAGCGAGCCUCUAACUCCUGAGGUUCAGGAUGCUCCACCUCAGAGGAAACGCAAGAAGAAGAGAAUGCCUCCUGAAUCUGAGACCUCUUUCACCCAGCAGAAUGUGCCCAUCACAUCCUUUUUUCAGACUGGAAAUGGCAUGGAUCCCCAGCCCUCUGAAGAAACAGUGAUUCGUAAACAUCGAAAAAAAACAAAGAAGACUCGGCCAGCAGAAAUGCAAUGUUCCAAUGAACUGGGAGUGGAGGAAGAGGACAUUAUUGAAGAUGAACAAACAAAAAGUCCAGAUCAGCAACCUGUGUUUGCUGCUCCCACUGGUGCUAGCCAGCCUGUGAGCAAGGUGUUUGUUGAAAAAAAUCGGCGUUUCCAGGCAGCUGACCGCACAGAAUUGGUUAAAACCACAGAAAACAUUGAUGUAUUUAUGGAUGUAAAGGCUUUAUGGACCACUAGGGAUGUGGCACUCUCAGUGCACCGUGGUUUCAGGGUGAUUGGACUCUUUUCUCAUGGCUUCCUUGCUGGCUAUGCUGUGUGGAACAUUAUUGUAAUAUACAUUCUAGCAGGAAACCAGCUAUCCACUCUCUCAAACCUGCUACAGCAGUACAAGGCCUUAGCAUAUCCUGCUCAGAGUUUCCUUUACUUGUUGUUGGCUAUCAGCACAGUUUCAGCCUUUGACAGGAUUGACUUGGCUAAAGCAUCAGUAGCAGUGCGAGGCUUCCUGACCCUGGAUCCAGCAGCCAUAGCCUCUUUCUUAUACUUUGUUGCUCUCAUCUUGUCUCUGAGCCAGCAGAUGACAAGUGACAGAAUCAACCUCUAUACACCACCUUCGGAGAAUGGGAGCCUCUGGACUGCAGGUGCAGAGGAACAGAUUCUUCAUCCAUGGAUUGUGGUGAAUCUGGUGGUAGCUCUUCUAGUUGGACUAUCCUGGCUCUUCUUAUCUUACCGACCAGAGCUAGAUCACAGUGAAGAACUGAUGUUUCAUGCUGAAGUAGAAGAAUUUCCUCAGCUGGAUAAAGGCCUCAAUGUCCAGUCGUAGUGCAGAAAAUGCAUUUUCAAAUACUGUAGCUGAGACUGAGGACUUAGCACUUAUAUGUAUUGUACCUGUAUAUAAUGCUUUUCUACAAAGCAAAAUUUGUAUUUUUGUAUUGUUUUAUAUAUACUUGUUUCUGAUGUAUCUUUUAUUUUAAUUAAGCU